CAGGAGAUCAAGCCUGUCAGCAGUUAUUAGAUAUCUAUCCACUCCAGAACUAAUAUUUGCUACAACCAGAGACUGAAAUGAUAUGACUAGCGCUUUAAAUAAUUUGGCUUUGACAGCUCUGUAAUUUUCUGAGAAUUUGGAACGGAAUUUGGGCUCUGCUUCUGCACUAUCCUAGGUUAUAAUGCCAUCCUUGCCUAAUGAGGGAGAUAACCAUGGAACCGCUCCUCUGACUUUGAGUUCGGAACUAUCCUAUCAAAGCACAAUUAAAAGAAAAGUCAGAAAGAAGAAGAAUGGAGUCAUCACUGCAAAUGUCGCUGGCACAAAAUAUGAAAUUGUACGUGUAGUAAUCCGAGAAAUGGGAUUUGUGAAAACACGUGAUGAAGAUGAAACAGCUAAUCUUAUAUGGAGUGAUUCUGCUGUGCAACAAGAAAAGAUUGCUGAACUUCGGAACUAUCAGAGAAUCAACCAUUUUCCAGGAAUGGGAGAGAUCUGCAGAAAGGAUUUUCUGGCAAGAAACAUGACUAAAAUGAUCAAGAGUCAGCCUCAGGAGUAUAGUUUUAUUCCUCGAACAUGGAUCUUCCCUGCAGAAUACACACAGUUUCAGAACUAUGUAAAAGAACUGAAGAAGAAACGUAGACAGAAAACUUUCAUAGUCAAACCAGCUAAUGGUGCAAUGGGACAUGGGAUCUCUUUAAUAAGAAAUGGAGAAAAGUUACAAGCUCAGGAUCACUUGAUUGUUCAGGAAUAUCUUGACAAACCAUUUCUUAUGGAAGGCUACAAGUUUGAUUUACGUGUGUAUAUUCUUGUAACCUCCUGUGAUCCAUUAAAAGUAUUUUUAUAUCAUGAUGGACUGGUGAGAAUGGGCACAGAAAAGUAUCAUCCCCCCAGUGACUCAAAUUUGAGUCAAUUGUAUAUGCAUCUGACUAACUACUCUGUCAAUAAACAUAAUGAACACUUUGAACGGGAUGAAACAGAAGACAAAGGAAGCAAACGCUCCAUAAAAUGGUUUACUGAGUUUCUAGAAACAAAUAAUCUUGAUGUCUCCAAAUUCUGGAGUGAUAUUUCAGAGUUAGUAGUGAAGACUCUCAUAGUUGCAGAGCCACAUGUUCUUCAUGCUUAUCGCAUGUGCAGGCCAGGGCAAGCACCAGGAAGUGACAGUGUCUGCUUUGAAGUCCUGGGAUUUGAUAUUCUGCUGGACAGAAAACUAAAACCAUGGCUCCUAGAGAUUAAUCGUGCCCCAAGCUUUGGAACUGAUCAAAAAAUAGACUAUGAUGUAAAAAAAGGUGUUCUGCUAAACGCAUUAAAGCUUCUGAACAUACGGACAAGUGAUAAAAGGAGAAAUUUAGCUCAACAGAAGGCUGAGGCUCAAAAAAGACUGUAUGGUCAAGGUUCAAUGAAAAAACUUUUGCCAGGUUCCUCAGACUGGGAGAAGCAGCGCCACACACUGGAAAGGAGAAAAGAAGAACUGAAGGAAAGACUUGCACAAGUACGUAAACAGAUUUCCAAAGAGGAGCAUGAAAAUAGACACAUGGGGAACUACAGGCGAAUUUACCCUCCUGAUGAUAAGACAUUACUCGAAAAGUAUGAGAGUUUGUUAACCACUGCUUUCCAGACGUUUCUUGCUGGGAGAGCAGCUUCACUUCAGCGGGAAAUGAAUAACCCUUUAAAAAGAAUGAAGGAGGAGGACAUUUUGGAUCUUCUGGAGCAGUGUGAAAUAGAUGAUGAAAAACUAAUGGGAAAAUGCACCAGGCAGCGAGGACCCAAGCCCUUGUGUUCAAUGCCAGAAAGUGCACAGCCGUUAAGAAAACUUAAGAACUACAAUAGUGGUAGUAGCUGUGAUAGUGGUAGCAGUAUGUCAGAAUCGGGAGAAGAAACUGAAAAAGAAGAUCACAAUGAAAAAAAAGAGAAAAAAGUUUCAUAUGAUCUUGAAGAAAAUAAAUACAAAUCUUUGGAACGAUCAGGUAGAAUGAACUGGAAACCUUCGAUUAAAAACGUAAAAUCUCCAUCAUAUUCAUCCCCCACAUCAUCCACAGGUCCAAUGAGGCGUUCUGUAAGCUGCCCUCGUUCAAUAUCAAUAUUGACUGUGCAGUCACAAGCAGCUGAGCAACGUCCCUUUUCAGCCAAAGCAUCUCUGCAAAUCCAGCGUGCAUCCUCAGUGAAUAGGUCUCAUUCUUUAAAUCGCAGCCCAUCUUCAGCCAGAGUCUCUCAGACACCCAGCUUUGGAACUAUGAACUCUUUGGGGAGUGAGUCUUUGCUGCAACAGAAAACAAAAGAGCAAGAAGUUGCUUUGACAAAAGAGACUCUUCUCAUUAUCAAUGACAUGAAAAUGAAGUUCCCAGGUAAAACAGAUGAAGAAUCAGAAUUAAUUAUAGAAGAUAUUAUGGAUAAUUGGAAGUAUCAUAAAACAAAAGUGGCAUCCUAUUGGUUGGUAAAACUGGAUUCUGUAAAGCAACGAAAAGUUUUGGAUAUAGUCAAGACAAGUAUUCGUGCAGUUCUACAGCAUGUCUGGAAGGCUCCAGACAUUGAAAAUUUACAUCUGUACCGUCUCUUUAACCGUGUAUUUAAUCGCUUGCUUUGGAGCCAUGGUCAAGGUCUAUGGAACUGUUUCUGUAAUUCAGGGAGCUCUUGGGAAACCAUAUUCAGUAAAAGCACAGAGGUGGUGACUCCUGAGCAACUCCAGUGUUGCCAACGAAUAGUACAGCUUUGUAAACACUGCCUGCUAGUGGUUUACAAAUAUUCAUCAGAUUCAAGAGGAUCCCCAGCUGGGAUUAGCCCCAACUGGGAUGAUACAAGAGGUAUCCUAACAUGUAUUAUACUUCUGGCUUCACAUUCGCAGUGGGAUGCUAUAGGGGCGCAGCUCCAGCCAAGGGUCAGGUAUUUAUUGCCAGGACCUUCACUGUUCAUCAUGAAAUCAUCCUUGUCCAACCUAAGCUGCAGUUCGUCUGGAAUGCCUCGCCCUAACAUUUUGUUCACACACAGAUACAGUCACUUGUGAAGCAGAAGGGAAGUUGCUGUUCUUUGUAAAUAAUGGCACUCCAUUUUUUUUCAAAUUAAAGUUUGUGAUGGAGCUAAAUAUAAGCACUGUUAUAUAUUUACUACCAUAUUACGGUAACAUGUAGCUGAAAACCUACUGUAAAAGCAUAGCUUUUCUGGAAACAUAAUAAACCUUGUUAAGUUGUUUACACACACAUGUGAAUGUGUAGAUCUUGCUAGGUUUAUAAGUAAUUCCUUCCUACUAGAAAUGUUAUUUUUGCUGCAGAAUAUAUAAAAUGGAAUUGAUCUUGAAGAUUCUGUUACAGUGUUACAUUAUUUUUAAGUACAAUGCUUUGACUUGAAUAUUAUUUAUUGCAAAGUAUACUAUUUAUUGUCUCAAAUGUAAUUGAUCCUUUAACAAGGAAGAUGAUUAAAAAACUGUAGUAGAACAGUAAAACUGCAACAGUCAUCAAAAAUAAUCUGAUCAUUUCUUGGACAUGUUUAAAAUAAUCCCCAAAACUCUGUAAGCCAAACCUAAAGCAGACAUCUUUUUAUUUCUCAUCUGAAAUUACAAGAUCUAUUUAAGGCUGCUAUUUUUCUUAAAGGACAUGGUAUAGUGUCUUUUAGCCAAAGUGAAGGCAUCUAGUACACAAACAGUAAAAAUACCGCCUUAGGCAUUCAGUUUCUAAUUGGAUUCUUGCAAUAAAAUGGAAGCCAAUGUUUGUUACCAGAUUUUCAUUCACAUUACCGAUGCCCUGUGCCUUUAGGUUUCCUUUGGGAGCAAGCAAUCAUCUCCAACUUGCACAAGCAUGCAUAGUGCAUAGUUUUUGUGUUUUGCUCCACAAGUGGUAAAGCAGACAUUUUUAGGAAAUACUGCAGCUGUAAUGUAUUAUUUCAACCUUAAACUAAUUGGUUUGUUGUAGUUUUUAGUAUACAAUCCAGUACCUACUGUAGAAUGUAUCCUUGCAAUGGACAGUAUUUUCUAGAUUGCUGACACCUUUAAAUGUUGCAAAUCUAAUUCAUUAGAAAUCUCUCAUUCAGAUUCAGCUUCCUGGACCUGGCUGAAGGGCACAAAAAGAAAAUGAGCCAGAGGAGGAACCUGCUAUUAACAGGACUUGUAACCUGAAAAUGUCAUUCAGGUUUUGCUACGUACACCCAUUCAUCCCACUCAGCAUUAUGCCAUAUGAGCCUUAUUCAUUAUAGAAAUAAUUAUUAAAAAAAUCAGUUAAUCUAGAUUUAAAACUUAAUUAAGUUUUUUAACUGAGUGAAGAACCGAGUAGUUAUUAUUUACCAAAGAUUUAUUUACUUAUCAAUCAUGUAACCCUGAAAUGUGUUUGUAAAUUAUCAGUAUAUUUCAGGUAUACUUAAAAAAAUACUUUGGGGGCUAAUUAUCCUCAGGAGCAAGUAUAUUAGAGGUUUUUGAUAUCCAGAGAUUUAAGACAAAUUUAAGAGACCUAAGAGAUUUGAGACUGAAGUUGUCUGGAAGUGAUUUUUUUUAAAUUUUAGUCAUAGCUUAUAUAAAACUGGGAAUUUGGGUGAGAUUUUUGAUGCCUGUGCUGUAGUGCCUCAGCUCUAGAACUGCAGGAUAUAUGAUAAUGAGACUAUUUGUAAACAGUUAAAAACACCUCUUGACAUUAGCCAGAUAUAAGCAGUCUUCUGGGCUGGAAAAGUCUUUAUAAUUUUUGUGGUAAUACUAGUUUAGUAAUAUAGUACGUUCACAUCAAUUGUAUAUCUCUUUUGGUCCGUAGAGCGACUACUGAUAAAGCAUACUAUGGCUAUCUGUAAUACCUAAUAAAAGCUGUAAAUUCCUUC